GUCUUUGAAAUUAAUAUAAAAACAUAAUUCCCCCCAAAAAACAUUAUGUUGUAAAGUAUUUCUCAAUACAAAUGACAAAUAACACAGAUAAAUACAUUUUCAGAUCCGUUCACUUUAAAUAUUUGAAGCACACCCAUAUUACGUCAUUACAAUACGCGUGUUAGCAUUGGCUGAAAACUUAACUCCCAACACCGCUGGUAAAAGUGGUUCAAACAAACCGUCUCUGUGCUUUACAAUAGAGUCAUUAAUUGUAUUUUUUUUUUAUCAACGUUUAUUUAGUUGCCAGACAAGCGAGGGACCGACCGCCCAUUAUUUAUAGUAUUACUUCCUGUAGUUCCACGUAAUAAUUUUCUACCUGUGUGUGUUCUGAAUGUUUUCAUGGUUAAUAUCGUGCUUCAUGUGUUCCAUUGAUCGAUUUCAAUAAUAAUAAUAAUAAUAAUAAUAAUAAUAAUAAUAAUAAUAAUAAUUAGCAAGGAAGUAACUUCUGCACCUUAUGGAGUUGGUGCAUUUGCUGUCAUGGGCCUGCAUCGUUUUCACCGUCUGCAUGUUUUCCACGGGGCUGUCAGACCUGCGGAAGAUGUAUUUCUCCCGAAGCACAGAGAAUGUUCAGCUCCUGCCCUUCCUCACCACCAACCUCAAUAACCUGGGCUGGCUCUACUACGGCCUUCUGAAGGACGACUGGACUCUCAUUACUGUCAAUCUGAUCGGAGCCACGCUGCAGACCGCCUACAUGCUGGCCUACUUCUUCUACUCCGUGGAAAAGAGGAAGGUUCUGCUGCAGACUGGGCUGGCCUCGGCAGUGCUGUGCUCGGCCUGCUUUUACUUCUCAGUCCAGGUGCCGGAUUUGAGCGUGCGGCUCAGCCAGCUGGGCCUCUUCUGCAGCGUGUUCACCAUCAGCAUGUACCUCUCCCCUCUGGCGGACCUGGCUAAGAUCCUGAAGUCCCGCUCCACUGAGUGCCUCUCGUUCCCACUCUGUGUGGCCACUUUUCUCACCUCGACCUCCUGGACUCUGUACGGCCUGCAGCUCAACGACCUGUACAUCAUGGUUCCUAACACCCCUGGCAUUGUCACCAGCCUGCUCAGAUUCUGGCUGUUCUGGCAGUAUCCCUCCGCAGGACAGGGCAAGCUCUCCUAUAGGACACUGCAGGCUUGAGGGGGGCGGGGCCAGGCAGCUGGGAACCAAUGAGAGCCUCCGGUCGGUCCCCUCGCUCCUCAGCGGUUGGAAUUCAAAGUUGCACAACAACCCGCCGCCGCUCCCCCACUGCCGUUCUGUUCGUUACUCAGUGUACUGAUGCGCUGUCCUUCUGAGAGAGCUUCUCAAACUGCGUUCGCUUCUGUACUGCGGGAGAGACAUCGCGGCUACGUGCCAAAAAUCCCCGAUCCCGAGCCGAGACCAACCAUCCAGGACCGGGACACCGAGACCAAAGAACCGAGGCGCAGAGACGCAGAAGAGCGAUCGCUCCGCCAGCGCCGGCAUCGCGGUGCGUCAGGCAGGAGAGCUGGAAGGAUGUUCCGUGCAUUUCCAACUUCCUGCCUUCCGUCCUGAACGCUACUCCAUUCGUGCCUUCACUCUCCCCCUCUCUCUCUAUCUGUAGUUUGUAACCCUCUCUCUCUUCCCCCUCUCUCUAUCUGUAGUUUGUAACCCUCUCUCUCUCUUCCCCCUCUCUCUCGUCCCCUCUCUCUCUCUCGUUUGUAACCCUCUCUCCCUGCCUCUCUCUAUCUCUCUGUAGUUUGUAACCCUCUCUCUCUCUUCCCCCUCUCUCUCGUCCCCUCUCUCUCUCUCGUUUGUAACCCUCUCUCCCUGCCUCUCUCUCUCUCUCGUUUGUAACCCUCUCUCUCUCUCGUUUGUUACCCUCUCUCCCUGCCUCUCUCUAUCUCUCUGUAGUUUGUAACCCUCUCUCCCUCUCUAUCUCUCUGUAGUUUUGUAACCCUCUCUCUCUCCCCCCCCCUCUCUCUCUCUCGUUUGUAACCCUCUAUCUAUCCCUCUGUAGUUUGUUAGCCUCUCUCUUCCCCCUCUCUCUCUCGUCCCCCCUCUCUCUCUCUCGUUUGUAACCCUCUCUCCCUCUCUAUCUCUCUGUAGUUUGUAACCCUCUCUCUCUCUAGUUUGUAACCCUCUAUCUCUCCCUCUGUAGUUUGUUAGCCUCUCUCUUCCCCCUCUCUCUCUCGUCCCCCCUCUCUCUCUCUCGUUUGUUACCCUCUCUCCCUGCCUCUAUCUAUCUCUCUGUAGUUUGUAACCCUCUCUCCCUCUCUAUCUCUCUGUAGUUUUGUAACCCUCUCUCUCUCCCCCCCCUCUCUCUCUCUCGUUUGUAACCCUCUAUCUAUCCCUCUGUAGUUUGUUAGCCUCUCUCUUCCCCCUCUCUCUCUCGUCCCCCCUCUCUCUCUCUCGUUUGUUACCCUCUCUCCCUGCCUCUAUCUAUCCCUCUGUAGUUUGUAACCUCUCUCUCUCCCUCAAAUUCAAAUUGGCUUUAUUGGCAUGACAAUAAAAAUUAUUGUGUUGCCAAAGCACAUACAUGCAUACCCGACUCAAAUAUACAGACAAAUAUACAGACAAAGAAAUGUUUUAAUACUAACAGUAUCCCUCCUCCCUCUAUAUUAAACAGUACCUCCCUCUCUCUCUCUCUCUCUCUCUCUCUCUCCAUCUCCAUCUCCCCCUUAGUGUGUAUCCUCUCUCUCAUCCUACUCUCUCUGCUAAAUUAACUAUCUGGACCAUUUUAGGAUUUUUCAACGAAGUGACUUAAACAAAGAAUCAAUACGUGCCUUUUUUAUUUACUAUAAAAAUGUUUUAUAUUAUAGCUGUCGGAAGAUUGUAAGCUUGAAAAAAGACUUUAGUUUACAAGUGACUUUAAAUAUAUAUAUAUAUAUAUUUUCAUUAUACGAAUGUAUUGUAUUACAGCUGGCUGAAUCUGUACCUGUUUCCAAACAGCAAUGAUUUUAGCCUCUUGUUUAUGUACUUUGUUAAAAGUUGUAAAAUAUGUAAUCUCUCUCUUUUUUUUUUUUCUUUCUGCUAAAGUUGCAAAAAGUUUCUAAAUCCACUCCCGGGACUAUUAAUAAGAACAAUCAAAAUUAUUAUAAUUUUUUUUAAAUCUAGAAUUGAGUCUGUGGUGUGCUCCUGUCUCUUACUGUGAUAAGAUGCGUGUUGUGAAACGGCAAGGACAGAGGGAGCGAUCUCAUUGGCUAACGAGUGUUCCGCCCUGCGCAGAUACGUCGCCAUAGCAACACGGCUGGGGACUUUCAGAACUGUGCCUUCCUGUUUGAUAAUUAGGGUUGAGGGUCACUUCCUGUUUCUCGAUGCCAUCUCCAGUUCCUUUUUAAAACCAAUUCCCGUAUCCCUUUUAAUCAAUUCCGACACGUCACCUCUGAUCAGAAUUGCAGUGGAGCAGCGUUCUGUUAAAAUGAGCUUCUCACAACAGCGGCGACACGUGACUUCAACUGAAGCCGCUGUUUGUGAGUCGAUUAAACUGCUGAACAAUCACAGUGAUUAUUACAACUAAAAUAUCCAUUCCGAUUCCUCUGAAGAAACUGAUCAACAGGAACUGACCGCCACACUGUUUGAUAACUUUGAUCUCCGUUUGGAAAAAGGGGGCGUCUUUCUGUGUUUUCAUAAUUGUAAUAAAAUCUAUAUAUUUCUUGGGA